AUGAAUCCAAAAAAUAGUACACAAAAUUUUAAUUUUGAUAAGUAAUCCAUCAUAAAUAAUUCUUGCCCUAAUAAGUCUGGCUAGAACUUUAGUGUUUAUGAUGACUAUCAAUAUAAGAAAGUAAUACCAAAGUUAGACUCUAAAGAUCAAAUGUUCCAUUCUAAUGUCUUUGAUACAACAGAAACCUUAAAAUAAUAAAUAAUAGAUUUACAAAGACAAAUUAAAAUAAAGGAACUUAGUAAUGAGUAAUUAGCUAAUGCUCUUUUUUCACAAUAACAAAAAUAUGAAGAACUGAAAGCAGCCUUUGCCUAACUUGAAGAAGAUAAGAAAAAUACCCAAAAAUAAUUAAAGGAACAUGCUGAAAAAAACGAAUUUAACUAAUUUGACAUGAAACAAUAAUAAGAAAUUAAUACGUUAUUUCAGAAUGAAAAUACUUAAUUGAAAAUAGCAUCUGUUAAAUUUAAAGACACUAUAGAAAAAUUAUAAACUGAGAAUAAAUAAUUGAAAGAUCAAAUCGAGUCAUUGAUGAAUAAUCCAUUGAGUUGCGAAAGGAAAGGCAGUUCAAGGCUUUCCUUUGAUAAUUUUUUAAACGAAGCAGAUCAAACUUAACCAGGUUAAGGUAUUUCUAGUACUUCACUACAGAAUUGCGAUAAGAAUUGUAUUUGUUCUAAAAGACUAUUAUAUUAAUAAGCAGAGAUUAAAAAAUAUUAAAUCUAAUUAUUUGAGAAGGACCAACUUAUUGCUAAAUUAACACAGCAGAAUAGUGUUCUCUAGAAAACUUAAGGGAAGAUUUAAAAAUGCUAGAAAAAGCAAAAUCUAUUAGGAACUCCUAAUAGUGGAUUAUCAAAAUAAGAUCCUAUAUUAGUCCAAGAUGAUAGCAAUGAUACUUCUCGAUAGUUAAACGCAUAUUUGAGUGACAAGAAGUUCAACAAUAUUAACAAUACCUUAGAGUCAUAAAUGCCAUUAAAAACAUCUUCUAGUGCUAGAUCAGUUUUAAUGAAUAAAUCUAAAAGAGAAGUAGAGUCAAUGUAUAAAAAAAUGAAUUAGUCAGCAUUAUUUACAGCUAGUUUAUUUUCGAAUAUGCUUGAUUAUAAAAAUUUGCAUGAAAAUAAUUCAUAAAUCAGGAGUACUAAUUUUAAUUAGGUAAAGCAGUUGUGA